AUGAUCCGGACCGUUCAUCUGUGCCCGUUGUAUACAGUGGACAAUGGGCUGGAGCUACGAGAAGCAGCCUGUGACUGCAUGGACAUGCUCCUCUCCACCUGUCUGCACCGCAUCCAGCCGGCCGCCUUCAUCACCCCCUUCCUCAUCUCUGGGCUCUCCGGUGCAUAUACCCUCUUGACACAGCAACUGCUCUUUGCCCACUUAGCACAAGCACAUUCACGAAUGCCUAAAGCGUUCCCAUCCAACACCGGUCUCAUGAAAAUCCUUUACUCCCACUUUCAAUCCCUCAAUUCUUGGCCCCUUCCCUCAAUCAACCCCCUCCCAUCCCCUCACCCGGUUUCACCAUCAUCUAUUGUAGACAACAGCGAUUUGAAGAUGCCGUGCCAUCUGGUGCUGGCAAAGCUGGUAGAGAAGUGCGCCCCGUCGGUGCUGGCAAUGGUGGAUGCACCAGUGGAGCCUUUAGAGAAGACUGUGACAAUACGAGUCAAGGCAGAUGCCAUGAAGCAGGAGGUGGACCGCAAUGAGGACAUGAUCCUCAGUGAGAAUGCGCGUGCUUGGAUCAAGCAAGUGGGGUGGCUAGAAGAAGCAGGUGAGUCAUGUGGUGGUGGGGAUUGCAUGACGCCGUGA